CAAGAAGCAGAUCUUCUCACUUUUAUAAUCUUUCAAAUGUGGAUUCUAUAAACACCUUAGCAAAAUUAAAAGUUUUAGGAAGAAAAGAACUUGGGUCAUGUUUAAUAUUAGGCUUCUAACAUCUGCUCUGAGCACUCUCCACAUGGUUGUAGAAAUGACAGUGAAAUACUUAGAAAACUGAAAAAUGUUAGGCUGAAGAUAACUCAGUGAAGACACACUACAGGAGAAGAUUAAUAUAGAAUUUUAAUUAUUGUUUUGUGAGCGGGUGCCUACACGAGCUGAUAGGCUAGCAGUGAGUGGCAGGGAGGGGAGCGAGGGGAGCUGUGGGGGCUGUGAAGAUGCCCCAGGAGCACCCACGGGUCCGCAUCCCCUCUCCGGAGUUGUCACUAUUUACACACAAAAGCUGACAGGACAGUGUCAAGGGCAUCACGGCCUACCAGUAGGAAAUGCUUGCUGAUUCCCCUCUUCCCUCUAAAAUACCUGAGGAAGAGCAGGAUGGGGAAGAACGUGCUUCUUUCUUGCCCUAAAUAUUAUAGAGAUCGAGCAGUGAGAGGCUGGGCCUGAAGGACAACACGACAGCAGCGGCGUAACCCGCUCCACUAGCUGUGAGUUGGGUUCCCUGGGGACAGCACGAGGCUUGUGAUACCCUUGCGAAAGAGCGAUGGCUCUGGCAGCAGCCUGGGUGGGAACGGCAGUAGCAGAGGAAGGACGGCAGCGAGCAGAGUGCUGCCUCCUCCCCAUCAGCCUGGCCUGACUGGCUUUCUCCAUCCUCCUUUUGCUGCCUGCCCCUCUCACCCCUGCCUCACCCCUGCAGCCUGGGUGCCAGGAGAGCAGCUGCCACCCUGCCGGGAGGAGCAGGCCCGGCAGGAGGGCCCUGUGGCGGCAAGACCAUCCGGCUGCUGGUUGUGGCCUGCCCUCCCCGUCCCCAGCACCGCGCACGGCAGCCUCCCCUCCUUCCUCAGCGGGAGAAAAUGAACUGGGUCGGCGGCAGUCGGAGCAGAAUCAUACUAAAGCAGGAGAGGAGAAAGCAAAAGAGAACAUGAGGAAACCAGUCCACAUUGAUAUCACUGAGGACGUAAAAAUACCUCUUAAGAGGCACAACAUAGAGCUUCCCAUGUCACCACUACGUACACAGCAUAUGCCAAACUUAGAUGACAUCCAGAACAGUUGUCCCAAGUAACAGAAUUAAGGUAUGCUGAGUCUAGUAUGGAACAUGAAGACAACAUGGCAAGACAGUUUAAUGCCUCCCCGUUGUCCCCUUCUGUUUUUUGGUCCUCUAACUGUACACAGUUUUCUGAAGAAAAUUUCAAUACAAACCCAAUGGGCAACACUUGGGAGGAGACCUAUGAAAAGAAGCUGAAAAACCAGCCAGGAAAUAGUUCUGAUCAAGACCCUUGGACCACAAAACCCUCAAGCCAAUGUAUGUUCAGGAAGUCUGACACUGUGCCUCAGGAACUGUUUAAACCAUUGCAUAGGCUAGACUAUAUGAAUUCUGCCAGGAAAAAUCCAGUGAUAAUGACAAGUCAUGAAUCAGAAACCAGUGAAGGAAUAAAAGAACUGUUGUUUGAUGUUGUGAAAGAAAGUGCAGAACUGAAAGCUCCCCAAGAUGGAAGUGAUUGUUCCUUUCUGGACCUGUUUGAAGAUGAGAGCCAAACAAUCCAUAAUAUUCCUUCCACAAAGCACUUUAAUCCUUUUGUUAACCAAAGCAAUACGGCCAUUUUUUCCACUGAUCCUGACGAUAGAAAUCAAAUGACCAACAGAAAUUAUUGUUAUGAUACCAGAGAGGCCCAUUGUGCAAUCAAUGCAAAGAACAGCUCUGUAGACAGACAUCUUGAAGGCAUUUUCACAGCUCCAGAACAGCUGUUGUUUAAAAGUAACAGUGUCUCAAGUGCAAGCUACAAGAAAAACAGUGGACUUCAUAAAACCCACCUGCAGGACUGUUAUGAGGGACAGCAGUGCUUCAUACCUUCCGAAAACAAAGAAAAACCUGCAAACCUUGAAAAAAUUGAGACAUAUGCUUAUCACUGUGAUCAGCAGAUCAACCUGAAUGAGAAUGUACAGAACUAUUCCAGAAAACAAAGUGAUGAUGAGUCUGUGAAAGAAUCAGCCUGGAGACAGAGCCAGCUCUUUGGAUUCAAAGAGUUCACAACAGCACGAGAGAAAGAGUAUAAGUCUGGAAUGAGUUCAAAUCUUCAAAAGAUGGAGAAGGGUGUUGAGUCACCACUCAGCAGCCAGUCCCCCAGUUACUCUCCAAGGCAGACAGAGAGCUGUUUCAGCUCCAGUCCUGACACAUCUGAAGAGGAAGACACAGCCAAAAAGAAGGCCUAUCUGAAUGAACAGUCCUUGAAGAUAGAUGAUGACAACCUAGUCUCAGCCUCAGCAAGCACAGAGCCCCCCACGGUUUCUCACACCAGAACUGUGCCUCUCCAGGCCAGCAGUAUUUUGUCUAGAGAAGAAGCAACUCAUCUUCAGGAGAAACGCUCUGUUUUAUGUACCACAGAGGAGGAAAAUGAAAACCACAGUGCCCCAUCUGAGGGCAGCUCAUCUCGCCAAGCUUGGAAAAGAAAGCCUGUCACUGGCAGUACCAGGUGUGAUGCUUGGUCGCAGACUGAGCGCUCUGUUACAGAAGCAGAGAAAGUGGAUGUUGCCACCCAGUGUGACAGCCUGCAGGUGUGCAGCUGUGGGAGCUCCCUCCCUUCUGCCCGCAGCCCGGGGGGGGCCCCUCCUCACGGCACCGCGAGCACCGCUGGGGGGCACAAAACGCCAGCGCCUGAGCAGCUGCAGCCCGUGGGCACCGGCAGCGCAGCAGGAGCAGCUGCCUUUUCUCCUGAAGCUGAAUAUAUGUGUCUGCCUAGCAGAAAGACUCUAGAGGUGCUGAGCUACAUUGAUAUGAUGGAGAGAGAUAAGCAGUGACCAACUAGAGUGGUGUGUAAGGAAUACGGAAUGUUUGUCCUGUUCUCAGUGUGUUUCAUUUAGUUGGCAUUAAUUGGCAUUUCUAGCCUGGUUAGACAAAUAUUUUUUUGCUCUUUGUUUGCUUUAAAUUAUUAUUAAGCAUGGGUCUGUAUCUGCCUACUGCUGCCUCCAACUAUGCCUUUCUAUAGAUCUCCAAUUGUUAAUACAGAAUUUUACAAUAGUCUAGUAAGUAUAGAUCUUAGGAAGUAGAUUGUCUUCCCCAUCAUAUAUCCAUAGGAUUCUGUAGUCUGGGAAUGACUUUGCUCUUGAAGGUAGUGGAAAGAUUCUAUUUCAGUUCAAAAUAUAUUUGAUGUGGCUCAGAGCUCAGAACUAUUGUCUGAUUCUUAUUAAUUUUAACAGGCAAACUGGCCUUUGCCAUGUUUGUACUAAAUACAAAAAAUGGGAAACAACAGAAAAUGCACAUCUGCACCCAUAGAAUAAAAUGUAAUUUAAAAAUAACUAAUUUAUUAAUUUUUACUGGGGAAAAAAACCCCAAAUACUUGAUCUUCCUUCCAUAGCACACCUAUUGAUUCAUUCUCUGGUUGUUAGUACUGACAAAUCUUUUACAUGAUUCUCUCUUUUGCCUGAAGACUGAAAAUCUGAAAUGCUUUGCUCUUCAUUUCCGUAUUUCUGUGAAGCUACAACUCACAACAAAUAAAAGUUUCGGGUAAUGUCACUUCUAGCUUAUAUUCGGUCCUUGUAAAAAAGUUUCUAGUAAAGGUGGUAGAGAUA